ACUGAGAACUGUUACAGUAGUACUCCAUAGAGACAGCUACAGCAAUAUUGGCCUACAGCUGACUAAUGAAUGAAAUAUAAAAGACCAAAAAUUUAACAUCAUAUGUUAGUAUUUACUAAUCGAAACAAUUUUCUUCUUUACAAACUUUUAGUGAGCGGUCCGCCUGUUUGCUUGUAAACGAAACUUUCAUUUUAUUUCUGUAUUUUAUAAUGUCUUUCCCGUUCUUUCAGCGAAUAAUUACUCUUCCUCUUAUAUUGCUCUGGACAUCUAUACAGUACGUAACUGCGGGAACAAGAUUCCAGAAACAUGAAGCCUUCCAAAGGAGCCUUUUAUUGAACCUGGUUUGUAUGACUAUCUUGCAUAUGUCUAGUGGAACGACUCUGAGAGAUAUCAAGCUCUGUGGCAUUGACCACUUAUUUGAUAUUCUAGGACGGAACGAGAAUGAAUUGAACCCACUUGGAAGUAUUCCCAACUACGGGAAAGUAUUCACUCGAAAGAAUACUGAGAAGAAUAUUCCCGAUUCUGCUUGGCUCGCUAAGCACCCUCAAAUGGGCAAAGAAGACUUCAUCAUCAUUCAUCUUCACGGAGGGAUGAUGAGUUAUCCUUAUACAAAGUAUAAUAUAUUCGCUUUUAGUAGUCUUUAUUCUCUCUUUUUGAAGAAUGGUUUGAAGCCGCCUUCUAUAUUGCUUGUCGAUUAUUCCCUGAUGCCUGAAGGGAGAACCUAUCCAACACAAAUCCUAGAAUGUGUAAGCGUUUACGAAAAGCUGGUUUCUCUUGGGUAUAGAAAAAUAAUAUUGAUAGGUGAUUCUGCUGGUGGGAACUUGGCAUUGUCAAUGCUUUACCAUCUAAAUGAAAAGUCCAAAUCAGAAAAUAUUGUCUGGCCUUCUGGUGUAGCUUUAAUUUCGCCGUGGCUGGAUUUGACUAAUGCCAAGAAAGCUAAAUCUUAUGUGAGUAACGCUUAUACAGACUUUAUGUCCUUUGAAGUUUUGCAAAAAUUUGGAAGAGAGUAUUUUGGACAAAAUGAGCAUUUAUAUUCUCUACCUUCCACGAAUAUAAAUUUGAACUUUUGUAAUGACUUUUGGUCAGAAAUUCCAACUUUUAAAUUAGGCAACUUUCUAUUAUUGGUUGGUGAGAAUGAAGUUUUAAGAGAUGAAAUUUUAGAAUGGAGCUUUGAAAAGUCUUCCUUUGGGAAGAAAUAUCCUGAAAGAAUAUUGAUUGAAAAGAAUGGCAUCCAUAAUGGUAUAUUCGUUACGGAAACUCCCUUUUUAUAUUUAAAUCGUAUAACUUUAGAGGAAUGGUCUCAAAAAUUUGGAGUGAAUGCAUUAUAUAAGUUUCUGAAAGAAAUAUACGAGAAAGGAUAAGUGACUGAUUUUAUAAUAUCUGUAGUUAAAUUUAAUAGAUGAUGUUUCCGGAAAGCAUCGUCAUACAUAAAUUCUUUGAUUUUUUUUAUAAUAUGUUAUUACAUGAUUUGUGUGA